AUGCUACGACCACAAGCCAACAGAGCUCGCGACCUCGUAUCGCUAGACGGUGUUUGGAACUUUGCACUAGCCAACUCUCAUGACAUCGAGACUGAGGAAGCAUGGAAGAGGCGAAUUUCGCCAGAGCUUCAAGUACCUGUACCAGCCAGUUAUAACGACAUCUUUGCUGAUGAGACCAUUCGUGACCACGUCGGUUGGGUCUACUAUCAGCGUCAAGCAGUUAUUCCCCGCGGCUGGGUUACACCCCAACGUUUCUUUCUACGCGUAGAUGCUGCAACCCACCACGGUAGAGUUUACGUCAACGACAAGUUUGUCGUCGAGCAUAUCGGCGGUUACACCCCGUUUGAGAUCGAACUCACUGGACUUGUCGAGCCAGGGUCGGAGUUUCGUCUUACAGUUGCGGUAAACAAUCAACUCACUUGGGAGACGAUACCUCCAGGUCGCGUUGAGGUUCAAAGCGAUGGAACACGGAAACAGAGUUACCAGCACGACUUCUUCAACUACGCUGGACUGGCACGCUCUGUCUGGCUUUAUUCGGUACCAGAGGUCUUCAUCAAUGAUGUUAGUGUUGUCACUGACCUACUUGAAGACGGCACUGGCAUUGUCGACUUUGACAUCCAGACCUCUGGCGAUCUGCAAACUGGCACAAGAUGGCGCAUCCUGCUCGACGACGAAGAGGACACAACUGUUUGCCAGGCCAAUGAGCCCCGGGGCAAGCUUGAGGUCAAGAACGCUAGACAUUGGGCACCUGGUGCUGCAUACCUUUAUCAACUUCGGGCUCAACUCGUACACGGUGAUCAGGACGAGAUUCUCGAUUCAUACAACCUUUCCGUAGGCAUCCGUUCAGUUCAGGUUCGAGAUGGCCGCUUCCUUAUCAACGGGAAACCGUUCUAUUUUACUGGCUUUGGCAAACACGAGGACGGACCUGUUCGCGGACGUGGUUAUGACGCAUCUUAUAUGAUACAUGACUACCGUCUGAUGAAGUGGAUCGGUGCUAACUCAUUCCGAACCUCCCAUUACCCUUAUGCAGAGGAGGUUCUGGAGUAUGCUGAUAGGCACGGCGUUGUUGUUAUCAACGAAACGGCUGCCGUUGGUCUGAACCUUAAUAUCGUCUCGGGUAUGUUUGGCAAUAAACAACUUGCGACAUUCUCCCCAGAUACAAUGAGUAGCAAAACCCAGGCUUCACAUGAACAGGCUAUCCGCGAGCUUAUCAGCCGGGAUAAGAACCACCCUUGCGUCGUGAUGUGGAUGCUGGCAAAUGAGCCUGGGGCCAGCGAGCAAGGAAGCCGAGAAUACUUUGAACCUCUUGUCACAUUGGCGCGUUCACUGGACAGUCAGAAACGACCCAUGUGCUACUCUCACAUGAUCCACUCCAAGCCAGACACAGACCGUAUCGCAGACCUAUUUGAUGUAGUCUGUAUGAACCGCUACUACGGCUGGUACACACAGACAGGCAACCUGAAAGCCGCAGAAGUUGCCCUUGAAGCUGAGCUGCGCAGUUGGCAAGAAGCUUACGCUGCCAAGCCUAUAAUCAUGACCGAGUAUGGUACCGACACAGUCGCAGGCUUGCACACCGUUUGUGAUGUUCCAUGGACAGAGGAAUAUCAGGUUCGCUUCUUGGAUAUGUAUCACCGCGUCUUUGACCGCAUUGAUAAUAUUGUUGGCGAGCACGUGUGGAACUUUGCUGAUUUCCAGACAUCGGCCAUGAUCAUUAGAGUUGACGGAAACAAGAAGGGUAUCUUUACCAGGGAUCGCAGACCCAAGAGUGCAGCCCAUGCUCUUCGUGCUCGGUGGACAGGGCCUGUUGGACGUCGCAAAAUAGAGGGGACUGACCGCCAAGGCUAA